UUUGGAACUAAAACAUUCUUUUUGACGUUUUAAGAAAAUGUUAAAAUUUAUUUGUGUUUGUUAAAAAUUUGAAGGAUACAAUAAUUAUAUUAAUAUAAUUGUUAAAAUUUAUGUAUCGACUUUUAAAAUAAUAUUCAAUUUAGAUAAAUUAAUUAAGUUUGGAAGAACAAUGGCUAUAUUGUAUAGUGUAGUAGCUCGUGGCACAACAAUUCUUACAAAAUAUGCGUCUUGUGCGGGCAAUUUUGCUGAAGUUACUGAACAAAUUUUGAAAAAAAUACCACCUGAAAAUGAUCGACUCACAUAUUCACAUGGCAGCUAUUUAUUUCAUUAUGUUUGUGAAGAUCGUAUUAUUUAUUUAUGUAUCACAGACGAUGAAUUUGAACGCUCUCGAGCAUUUUUGUUCUUGAAUGAAAUCAAACGACGCUUUAAGUCAUCAUUUGGUAAUAGUGCUCAAACAGCUAUUGCAUAUUCCAUGAACAAUGAAUUUGCGCGUGUAUUGGCAAAUGAAAUGAAACAUUAUUCAGAAUCAAAAGAUUUGGAUACCAUAUCAAGAGUUCAUGGUGAACUUGAUGAAUUGAAAGAUAUUAUGGUUAAAAAUAUUGAAAAUGUAUCAAUGCGAGGUGAACGUUUGGAAUUACUUGUUAAUAAGACUGAUAAUUUGAGUGCAGAUUCGGUUACGUUCAGGAAAACAAGUCGUAAUCUUGCCAGAUCUAUGUUUUGGAAAAAUGUGAAAAUUUAUGUUAUUUUGGCUGUUAUUGUAUUUUUUAUCAUCUAUUUUAUAUUAUCCAUGGCAUGCGGAGGUUUCUUUUUGGAAACUUGUUUUGGAAGCAAUUAACUAGAAAUAUGAAAAUUGACACUUAUAUAAUAAAAAGACCCGCAAAUUUAUUUUUGUUUUGGAUU